AUGCCAAAACCUGUCAAUUGCUGCGUUCCUGGGUGGUUUAAUAACUUCAGAAAUUCUACUGGUCUUCAGUAUUACAGGAUUCCAAAGGAUAGUCAACUGAGAAAGCAAUAUGUUCGCCUUAUCAGAAACCAAACACUGAAAGUAAAUAGUGAUAACACAAGAAUCUGCUCUCAACAUUUUGAAGGUGGAAGGAAAAACAAUCCAGAACAUUUACCAUCAAUCUUUCCUUGGUCAAAGCCGAAAGAAAGCCGUCGACAACUCAUUAGAAAAGAACCUUUGCAGAGCACCAGCAGUAUAAACACACAACAAAGCGAGUCGAUGUCGGAUGCCAUGGAAACAAGUGCCGACACUGAGCUUGCAGAAAGCCCAUCUUUUAAAGAUCAAGGAACUCAAAGUUUUGYACAUAAUAUGUGCGAUCAAUCAACACAAACAGAGGCAUUUGAUGUAGCUCAGAACGAGAUCUCUAUUCGUGAGAUGAAYGCGACKAUCGAACGACUAACGGARGAGGUCGAACGAYUAAAGAAGGAGUUGUCUCWGGCGCAACAUCGACUUAAAGAAUACAGAUUUGACAUUGAAACAUUUAAAGAUAGUGCAACCGAUAUUGCAUUCUACACGGGGUUUAGUGACUACGAAACAUUGAUUUUAUGCUAUAGUAUUGUGGAAGAGUCAUCUAAGAACCUUAACUAUGGAUCGUACGAAAAACAAACAGAAGAUGGGAAGAUAGGCAGACGAAGAAAGUUGACAAACUUCCAAGAGUUUAUCCUCGUUGCAAUGAAGCUGCGACUUGGUCUUUUUAAUAGAGAUCUUGCAUAUCGCUUUAAAGUCCACGAGAACACUGUGUCCUUAAUUUUUAGGACUUGGAUCCGAUUCUUGAGAGAUGAACUCGAGCCACUAAUCAUGUUACCACCAAGAGAAAUCCUGAAACAGCACAUGCCUCCUCUCUUUACAAUGAACUACCCAAACACAGCACUUAUUAUCGAUUGCACUGAAUUUGAAAUGGAAAGACCAUCUUCGCUAGAUAAUCAGUCUGCAUGUUAUUCACMAUAUMAGUCAAGAACAACCAUGAAGGCUUUGAUUGGAAUAACCCCAAGUGGAGCUACAGCCUUUGUCAGUGAGCUUUACCCAGGCAGCAUAUCAGACAAGGAGAUUGUAAAGAGGAGUGGUUUACUCCAUGUACUGCAACCAGGUGAUGAAAUCAUGGCAGAUAAAGGAUUUCUCAUUAAAGAUGAAUUAGCUUCUGUAGGAGCAACACUAGUCCUUCCUAAAUUUCUGCAAGGUAAAAAACAAUUCAACACAGACGAGGCRGCACAUAAUAAGAAAGUUGCAAGUCUGCGCGUCCAUGUUGAGAGGUGCAUGGAAAGGAUAAAGAACUGGCACAUCCUGGACAGAAGAUUUACUGUAACUUCAGCCCCACUUGCAACAGACAUUAUUGUUUUAUCUGCAUUCACUAAUUUCUUACCCCCUUUAAUAUCUUAA